CUGAGCUCGGGCAGCGAUGCUGGACGCCGGAGUUGUGAGGUUUUCCGUGCUGCGCGCGCUGGUUACCGCGUUACUGUUGUGCGGCCUGUCGGACACGGUGACUCUGGAGCUCGAGCCGACACGACAGGAGUCGCCACUGAUGAAGCCCAAAGUUAUGAUCGCCAUUCUGGCUCGCAACGCGGCGCACAGCUUGCCGUACUACUUGGGCUGCCUCGAGCGGCUGGACUACCCAAAGGACCGAAUCGCGAUAUGGUCGGCGACAGACCACAACGUGGACAACACUACAGCCAUGCUGAGGGAGUGGCUGAAGGUGGCUCAGACAAGAUACCACUAUGUGGAGUGGAGACCAAUGGAAGAACCCCGUGCGUACACAGAUGAGUGGGGUCCAAAGCACUGGCCACCAUCGCGCUUCAUCCGCGUGCUCAAGCUCCGCCAGGCCGCCCUGAAGGCGGCACGCCAGCGCUGGGCUGACUACAUACUGUUUGUGGACAGUGACAACCUGCUGACAAACCCGCGGGUGCUGGAGCUCCUGAUGGCGGAGAAUCGAACCCUGGUAGCUCCCAUGCUGGAGUCACAGUUCCUUUACUCCAACUUCUGGUGUGGUAUUACUCCUCAGGGAUACUAUAAGCGUACACCAGACUACCAGCCCAUUCGUGAGUGGAAGCGUCUGGGCUGCUUCUCUGUUCCUAUGAUCCACUCCACCUUCCUGCUGGACUUGCGGCGUUCCUCCACCCGUGAGCUGGCCUUCUAUCCGCCCCACCCUGACUACAGCUGGGCCUUCGACGACAUCAUGGUGUUUGCUUUCUCUGCCCAUCAAGCAGGUGUGCAGAUGAACGUGUGUAACAGAGAACAUUAUGGCUUCCUGCCGGCCCCUCUAAAAGCUCACCAGAAUGUAGAGGACGAGGUGGAGAGUUUCACACACACUAUCACAGAGGCACUCAUUAACCACAGAAUCGAGCCGUCAGAGCUGGUGUUCAUCCCUACAAAGCCUCAAGACACCAUGGGCUUCGAUGAGAUCUUUCUGAUUAAUCUAAAGAGGCGGGUGGAUCGGAGAAGGAGGAUGUUGAACAGUCUGGCAGCUCUGGGGUUGGAGGCAACUCUCAUCAAUGCUGUGGAUGGCAAGGCCCUGAACUCCUCUCAGCUGCGUACACUGGGCAUUGACAUGAUGCCAGAUUACAGAGACCCGUACUCAGGCAGAGUGUUGACACGAGGAGAGAUCGGCUGUUUCCUCAGUCACCAUGCCACAUGGACACAGAUGGUAGAGAGGGAUCUGCAGCGUGUGUUGGUCCUGGAGGAUGAUGUGAGAUUUGAGCCCCUGUUUAAGAAGAGAGUGCAGCUUAUCAUGGAGGAUGUGGACAAGAUCCAGCUGGACUGGGACCUUAUCUACGUAGGUCGUAAGCGGAUGCAGGCAGCCCAGGCGGAGAUGUGGGUGGAGGGCAUGGAUAACCUGGUGGAGGCGGGCUACUCCUACUGGACGCUAGGCUACGCCCUGACCCUGCGGGGGGCGCGGAAGCUACUGUCAGCACAGGCCUUCAGCAGGAUGCUGCCUGUCGACGAGUUUCUGCCCAUCAUGUUCAACAAACACCCGAACACAGCAUACAUGUCCCACUUUGAUCCGAGGGAUUUGCGUGCGUUCUCCGUGGAGCCUCUCCUUCUUUACCCGACGCACUACACGGGCGAGCCGGGUUACUUCAGUGACACAGAAACGUCCACCAUCUGGGAUGACGAGCACAUCACUACAGACUGGAACCAGACUCACACCCAGAAAAUGUCCCCACAGGAAAGCAUCCGUCCCAUCGGCCAGACCAGCGCGACAGGCGAUACAGCGCCCUCUGCAGCCUCCAGAGAUGAACUGUGACAGGAAUAAAGAGAGAGACUUAUACACACACACACACACACAUAUACCAACAACCACACCUCAUCAUCACAACACCUUCAUCAGCUCACACCCUGUCCAUCACUUCACAACUGACAGCCUCCCUCAUUUGCUGGUGGUCAGCCAAUAGCAUUGCAGCAGGCUGAAAUGUAUACACACCAUUGGCUGACCGGAAGCACAGGAAAAGGAAGACAAAGGCUAAAGCUUUGCAUCCACGUUAUUUAUUUGGUGACAUGUUCUACACGUCCGCCCACAUCACUGUCCCUGGAGGACCCUAUAGAGACACAUAGAGGAAUAGCAAUACAUAUCAGGGUAGCCACACUGAGCACAGCAUAUAAGAAAAUACAAAAACAAGACAACACCACCCAAAAAGACAUCAAUGUUAGUGUGUUUUUAAAUAGUUUUUUAAGAGAGUAUCUCUACUGUUUGUGAAUUCAGUGUGGUUGACAUGGUUUAUGUGGUGGUACAGGGAA